UGCUGUAGCGCGCAAGGAUCGAAAGUUGUGUCCCUUGGAUGCGACUCAUGUGACCCGUGCGUGACCAGGUGUUUGUUAUGUCCAUUGUUUGCUUUCACUACAGUCGUUGCAAUUUCCUUUUAGAGCUUACUGGAAGACCUGGAACUCGUACUUUUCUCCCUUUCAACUACAACGAUACUUCGAGGGAGAUCUCUUGAUGCUGGACGAUUAUUGUAUGCACUGGGAAGCGUAGACAACCUUCCCGACCAUCGCGGAUUAACGUUUCCCGAAUCGAUUAGCAUUCGGAAAGAACCAACAUACCAGACCUUCACCCGCCCCUGACUUCCUCAACGCAACCUAUCCGUUUCCAGACUCCCCCAGCUCGGAUUGAAUCGUUCGCCAUCUCAAUUCUACGUCGACCUUCCAUCCUUUUUUGCUCUCGACCAUCCUGUUAUAAUCGGACGCAAUGCCUAAGAAAGGAGGAAAGGGCAAGAACAAGAACAAGGGCGGAAAGGCUGGCGGUGCCGCCGCUGCCGCCGCGACUAAGAAGGUCGCCGAUACCCAAAACCCUGUAACGCCGAGCCAGGAAGUCGAGGAGACCGUUGCCACGGGAGAAGGUGAGGCCGGCGGUGUUGUUGCAGAGCCUGUUGAAGCUGUGGCUGCGGCGCCUGCCACCACUAUCCCCGAUGCGACCACCGAAAUCCCAUCGGCUGCCCCGCCAGCCUCCACCGAGGAGGCGAAGGAGAUUUUGCAGAACGCGGUAGACAAGGCAGAGACCGGCCCCGCAGACAAGGCCGAACUGAUUGAUGGAGAGGUGGCCGGAGCAGCCGGGUUGCCUACGACCGAUAAGAAUCUCAAAUUGACCCCGGAGACUCUGACCUCCUCUGUCGGGCCGGAGACUUCCCUCCCCGAACGCCCGAAAGAGACGGCUGUGGAUGUCCAUGAUACUCACGCGAAACGGCCAUACGAGAGCAGCCUGACCGCGAAGGAUGACGAAUUGCCUCAUAAGAUCGCCAAGGUGGACGAUACAGUGACGGCUGCUGGUGCGACAUCUGGUCAUGUCGCUGAGACGGGUUCAUUGGCGAAGAAACCAGAGGUUCCCGCUGAAACGAGCAGUGUGCAGCCCCAGAUCGUGCCGGGCCUUGGUGCUGACCCCAACGAUCGUGUGUCGACAGUCCUGAACGUCCCCGGCCUUUCUUCAGUGGAGGACAAGUCCACUAUCCCCUCUACCACUGGAACGUCCGCCGUUGCUGCAUCCAGCACCUCCGAGCUCAAGGGAGCCGAAGAUAUUGCUCCCACCGGAGCACCUACUACUGUCACCACCGCUGAUACUGCCAAGGAGUCCAAGGACUUUAAGACGCCCAAAGCGAAGGACGAAACCGCACCUUUGACCACCGCUACUCCCGCUGUUGUCGACGAACCAAAGGCUCCAUCCACGACUGAGCUAACAACCGCCGGCACCGCCACCUCCGCUCCCCCUCCUCCUUCGGAACCGGUCCUCAAGGUCCCAUCCAGCAUUCAUGAUGGUCCGGACUCGAAGGUUACCUCUGGCAAGAAAGCUGCCACGCAAGCUGUGUCCAACGUGGAACAGAACGCGCAGGGUGCUCCCGACAACACCCAUGGUGCCGCGAAGACGAUGCCCGAAGAGAGCAAACCGGCCGCCGAGGUUCAGGAGGGCACUGCUGCGGUUAAAGACCAGCUCCCUGCGGAGAGUCAGCCUGCAGCUAAGCAGACUCAAGAAGCGGGUGCUGGUGUUGCUAAGCAGCCGGAGGAGAUCAAGAAGCCCGAAGAAGCCAAGACCAAAGCACCCCAGGCUGUACAGGAUGCUCGAGAGAACGGCGCAGCUGCGGCCAAGAAGCCAGAGGAGCUAAAGCCGGAGGACAUCAAGAAACCGGAAGAGGCUAAGACGAAGGAGCCUCAGGCUACACAUGACGCUCAGACGGGUGCCGCCAGCCAGCCCGAGGAGGGUAAGAGCUUCGCCGACCAGGCUAAAGAAACUGCGCAGACUGAAGCCAACAAGGCCCAAGAUCAGGCUGAAGAUAAGGCUAAGGCCGAGGCUGCCAAGCUCGAGAAGCGGAAGAGUGGCCUGUUUGGGUGGCUCAAGCGUAAGUUGAAGGGCGAAAAGGCCUAAAUCGGAGUAAUGAUGUAUCUCCGCUCGGACUAACAUAUUUGCUGUUGUUUUGUUUCAUAAAUUCUAUUUUCUUUUUUUUUUUUGGCUAUUUGGCGGAUGGGAUGGACGCCCACAGAGACCCUAAUUCCUGAUACCCACGGACCCCAAAGGGUUGAUGAAACAGAAAAAAGAGAAAAGCCGAACUGGGAACGAAAAAACGAAAAACAAAAAAAAAGUCAGAAGCGAUAUAUCUUCAUGUAUGACAAUGGCGUGUAUGAUAAUCGACGGGAUAGGACGGAUACCAAAAGGAUGCUGGACGGUUGGAUGGGAUGGACAUUCUGUUCUGUAAAGCUUUUUGCCUGUUUCUGCUGUUUGUUGUAUUAGUUAAUGGUAAUCAAAGAAACGCAAACUUUUCUUUGUUUUUUCCUGACGAACGAUCGUGUCUCCUUU